AUGGAUAGAUUAUUGCAACUUGGACGUGGUGGACCCGGCAUGGGUGCUGCUGGUCAAGAAGCCACGCAGUACGAUACAGCCGAGCAGAUUCACAUUUCCAGUUUGGCGCUGCUCAAAAUGAUGAAACACGGCCGAGCGGGAGUUCCCUUCGAAGUCAUGGGACUCAUGCUUGGCGAGUUCGUCGAUGACUACACCGUCAGAGUUGCAGAUGUCUUUGCCAUGCCGCAGUCCGGAACAGGAGUGUCUGUCGAAGCCGUAGACCCAGUUUUCCAGGCGAAAAUGUUGGAUAUGCUGAAGCAAACUGGUCGACCCGAGAUGGUUGUUGGGUGGUAUCACUCUCACCCCGGCUUUGGUUGUUGGUUAUCAGGUGUUGACGUCAAUACUCAACAAUCUUUCGAAGCUCUCAGCGAGCGAGCAGUCGCUGUCGUCAUUGAUCCAAUUCAAUCUGUCAAGGGAAAAGUCGUCAUCGACGCUUUCCGAACAAUCUCCACCCAGAGUAUCAUGCUCGGCCUUGAGCCUCGCCAGACAACUUCCAACCUUGGUCAUCUCCAAAAGCCAUCAAUCCAAGCGCUGAUCCAUGGUCUGAACAGAAACUAUUACUCAAUGCCUAUCGUUUACAGAAAAAAUGAACAUGAACAGCAGAUGUUGAUGAAUUUGCAUAAAUCUAAGUGGCAAGAUUCGCUCAAAAUCGAGCCAUUCGACAAGUGCAAAGAGCGAAAUACCGAAUCCAUCAAAGCAAUGGUGAAACUUGCGAAAAACUACAAAAAGUACAUCGACGACGAGUCCAAAUUGACCAAAGAAGAGCUCGACAUCCGCAACUAUGGCAAGAUCGACCCGAAGCGACAUCUGGAGGAGCAGUCCGAGGUCCUCAAUGGCGAAAAUAUUGUGCAAUGUCUCUCCGCCAUGCUGUCCACAAUCGUGUUCCAAUAG